UCUGCACGCAACCCAGCCCGUGACGUCGCUCCCAUGGCAACCGAGGAGCCUGCUCGCCGCGGCCCACCUCGGAGUUUGCGGUCUAAUUUCUAAACCGGGCCCCCCGCGGAGCUCGGACCCGGGCCUGCAGAGCCAUCAUGCCCAGUGAAACGCUCUGGGAAAUCGCAAAAGCUGAAGUGGAAAAACGGGAAAGUAACGGAAGUGAAGGUGAUGGAGUUGAAAUUGGAGAAAAAUCUGUUUUCUUCCUUGGCAGUAAAAAUGGGGGCAAGACUACUAUUAUUCUAAGAUCUCUUGACAGGGAUGAGCCACCAAAACCAACCUUAGCCUUGGAAUAUACGUAUGGAAGAAAAGCUAAAGGCCAUAACACACCAAAAGAUAUUGCUCACUUUUGGGAACUGGGUGGAGGGACCUCUUUAUUGGACUUAAUCAGCAUACCGAUCACAAGUGACACCUUAAGGACAUUUUCUAUUGUUCUUGUUUUGGAUCUUUCAAAGCCUAAUGACCUUUGGUCCACCAUGGAAAAUCUGUUGCAAGCCACAAAAAGCCAUGUGGAUAAAGUGAUAAUGAAACUGGGAAAGACAGAUUCCACAGCAGCUUCUGAGAUGAGACAGAAGAUACGGAGUAACAUGCAGAAGGACCAUCCAGAUCGUGAAUUAAUUGAUCCAUUUCCAAUACCUCUGGUCAUAAUUGGAAGUAAAUAUGAUAUUUUUCAGGAUUUUGACUCUGAGAAGAGAAAGGUAAUAUGCAAGACACUUCGAUUUGUUGCACAUUAUUAUGGAGCAUCAUUAAUGUUUACAAGCAAAUCAGAAGCUCUAUUACUAAAAAUACGUGGAGUUAUCAACCAGUUAGCAUUUGGUAUUGGCAAAAGCAAAUCAAUAUGUGUGGAUCAGAAUAAACCACUGUUUAUCACAGCAGGAUUGGAUUCUUUAAGUAAUAUAGGGUCUCCUCCUGUUCCUGAUAAUGACAUUGGAAAGUUUCAUGCCCGUUCGCCAAUGGAGUUGUGGAAAAAAGUGUAUGAAAAGCUCUUUCCACCAAAGAGUACCGACACACUAAAAGAUAUCAAGGACCCUGCAAAGGACCCUCAGUAUGCUGAAAGUGAAGUUGAUGAAAUGAGAAUUCAGAAGGAUCAGGAACUGGAACAGUACAAAAGGAGUUCUUCCAAGUCUUGGAAACAAAUUGAGCUGGAUUCUUGAACCUAAUUCAGCUACAGUGUAUUUAUUUCCCAAAUACAACUUCAAAUAAGCACACCUACUAACCACAAGAACACCAAGACUGAAGAGUGGCAUCUGAGUGAACAGCAAGCUGCCUGAUUAUUGUUAUGAAAUAAGAUGUCCUAAACUAGUUGCAGUACUCAUGGUUCUAGCAUAUGGGGAACGGGGUUUGCAGGCUCCAAGGAACCUCAGCUGAAGGAGCUGACAGGCGCUGUGCCUGGGUAUUGUGGAGAAAGGACUCCAAUUAAAUUGACAGUGAACGUUGUGCUCUCAGGAACAUCAUCUACUGGUGGGAAGAAACAGCUCAUUCCAUGAUGGUAAUAGGAAUUUUUAUUAUAUAAUUUGAUUUUCUAACAUGUCACUGUCCAUUUUUGACUUAAGACAAACUGUCACAUAGUGAAAGUCAUUGUGUUUCUCAGAGAUGGUAUCGCUAGCAUUUAAUAGCUUGAAGUCACGUGCUGUGUCAAUUUUCCAAGUGUUUCAGAGCUAGGAUGAAAUUCAUCUGCAUAUGAAUAGUGGAAAAUGUUUCCACUUACAUUGUGCACCCAUAUCUUUAGUAAGUUGAAAUCAGUGAUUUCUAAAGAGGUUCCUGUGGAAGUCUCUUUGAACUACGUUAAUAGAUUAUCAUCUCCAGAAUUGUCUAUAAUUGAUGUGACAUAUAUAAUCUGUGAGGCAUUAUGUAACUAUUACACCAUAAUCAUCAGUGUCAAAGACCUUUUAUAAAAAUUGACAAUACUAUUCUGGUAAUUCACCAAUGUCUCCAGAUCCUUAAAUACUGUUCUAAGAAAUAGAAUUUUACUGUGGUUUCCUUAAUGAAAUGAUCUUUUCUACUAUAAUGUGAGACAUUUCAAAUGCUAUAAUUUAUCAUUCUUUACAAGUUAGGUCAUAGAAAAUGAACAAGUUCUUGUACUCUCUAAAAUAUUCUCACUCAGAGUUACCAUGGUAACAUUGAGACAGUUUUAUUUCAGAUUUAUACACGAAUUUCUUGAAAAUCGAUCAGAAAGAUAAUCAGUCAUUUCAUAUAUACCACUUAUAUACAAUCUAUGUACAACAUUUGAUCCCUCACAAUAUGCAAUAUAGGUGUUUGUAUUCAUCAGCAUUCUUUCUCUUUACAGUUCAAGGACGUGAACUCCCAGCACAUAAUCCUGUUCUGAGAGUAAGCGCUGUCAGUUGAGAGCUUGUCUACAUGGACUUUCAAUAAUAGCUGCUCCCCAACCUUAUCGAUGUCAUUUCUCAGUGCAAACACUGUAGUAAUAUUUCAUUUUAAUUUUAUAAGUAAACUAAGCGGAAGUGAAAAAUAGCCAGCUAAUCUUUAAAAAUAUUACAAGAGGGGUGCCUGAUGUGCUGUGUUCUCAGUUCAGCCAUUCCUGCAGUUCCUCGUUGUAACCCUCCGUAAAAUCACUGAGUGCUCUGUACCUGUGGUCUUUGUCACCCAGCAUCUGCCCACCAUCCUCUCGAAGUCAUCAGGUCACUCGGAACCCUCAUGUGGACAUGUGCACAUCAUUAUGAGUUUUUAAGUGAUAAUGAAAGCAUUCUUACCCAAUUCUGCAUGAUGCUUUGUCUUAACCACCCCAUUUUCUGCUACUUAGCAACUAUUCAGGAUUCUUUUUACUGAACCCUUUAGCAAAUGCAAGCAUAAUUUUUAACCAACCUAUUUUUCUCUCUAAAGCAAAG